UUCCCCUGGUGUACGAGAGGGGGCGCAGUUGGCCGGUGGAGUGGACGCGCUGCUCUUCUUCUGUCCUUCUCCUCGCCAUCUAACCCGCAUUGUUUAGGAUCAGCUGUGUGUCCGGAGCCCCACCCAGGCAAGGGCGAAUACACCCCGUGAGAGACACCGAGACACAGGCGGAUCCGGAACACACCCGCAGUGGAGCGGAACCCGACCCGUCCCUCGUCUGCUGAUUUCCUCCGUAACCGCCGGAACCUUUCAUCCCUCCUCCAUCUUCCUCCUCCUCCUCCAUCCUCCGGGCCCGAGUCAGCUGAUCGACCCGCUCUCUCUCUCCCUCUCUCACACACACACACACACACACACGGUCCCGUAGAGCUGCAGGAUGCUGGCGCUCUUCAAUAAGCUGCUGGACUGGUUUAAGGCUCUGUUCUGGAAGGAGGAGAUGGAGCUCACACUGGUGGGCCUGCAGUACUCCGGGAAGACCACCUUCGUCAACGUCAUCGCGUCAGGUCAGUUCAGUGAGGACAUGAUCCCUACUGUUGGCUUCAACAUGCGCAAGAUCACUAAAGGAAACGUUACCAUUAAGUUGUGGGAUAUCGGAGGGCAGCCGCGGUUCCGCAGUAUGUGGGAGAGAUACUGCAGGGGGGUCAGUGCCAUUGUGUAUAUGGUGGAUGCUGCAGACCCAGAGAAAAUCGAGGCAUCUAAGAAUGAGCUGCACAACCUGUUAGACAAACCGCAGCUGCAGGGCAUCCCUGUUCUGGUGUUGGGUAACAAGAGGGAUCUCCAUGGGGCGUUGGAUGAGAAGGAGCUGAUCGAGAGGAUGAACCUGUCUGCCAUCCAGGACCGGGAGAUCUGCUGCUACUCCAUCUCCUGUAAGGAGAAGGACAACAUCGAUAUCACACUACAGUGGCUGAUCCAGCACUCCAGAACUAGGCGGAGCUGAGAGGUGGAGCCUCUGAUUGGAGAAACAGUGUGACCACCUGUAUGCCAAGUCACGCCCCCUUUGGGUUUACCCCCCCCCCCACUCUAACGCUCUAAAACGACUUUCAUUCCUGUACAAAUUGUGAUGAAUAUGAUUUGCACUGUUUUACAGUUUUGUGUUUGUUUGUUUUUUAAACUUUUAUGCAUUUUUUUUAUAAUAACGAAAAUCAGAUCAGACAGAUUUCACAGUCACAUGAUGAUAUACUUUGUGUGUGUGUGUGUGUGUCUGUAAGCAUGUGUGCAUAUGUGUGUAUGUUUCAGCCUUUGCACAAAUCAAUAAUUGGUUUUUCAUAGAGUACACUUUGUGUGUGUGUGUGAAAGAGAGACAGUUUUGUUGUAAUUUCAUAAACCGCGAUAAAAUGUUGAGGCGAUCAUCACUUUACUGAAGUCAGAUCGACACACACUUUCAUAUCUGUUGCACACAAACAUGGGUUUUUAUCUAAUUUUAUGUUUUCCCUUUGUGAAUGUGUGUGUGAGUGUGUGUGAAUGCGUGUGAGUGUGUGUUUAAGGAAUAUCUCUACUCAAAGUCAAGGCUAACGGUAGCUAACAGAUAAUAGCCUGGAUAGCCUGGUGUGUAUAAACUCCAGCAUGCAUUAAAGUCUUAAACGGUUGUGUAUUAGCCACAACAUGGCAUAAUUUGCAUCGUCUUUUUUGUGUGUGUGUUGUGUGUUUUGGAGGUUUUUGUCUGUUACAUUUCUCCACGUACUCCUCGUGACACCUUCAAAUACACACACAGUUGUUUUGUUUUGUUCCCUGGUCAGUAUGAAUAGUAAUGUUAGAAUGUUUUGAGCGUGUGUAUGUGUGUGUGUGUGUGUGUGUGUGUGUGUGAGAUCAAUUGAGGUUUAAUCCAGCAACGAAGUGAGAAUUAAAUUGAGCAGGAAGCAGACUGUUCCUGGAUCAGCUUGCCGACAUGGCUCUCAGUUUAAGAUGGAACAGUGUUAUUUAGGAUUUAAAGCUCCAGUCCACCUUAAAUCCUGACGUCUUCUGACCCAUGAGUCCAGAUGCGUAGUUGUUUAUUUACAGAAAUAUAAAGAAAUUAAUGCUUUCAGUUUUUAAGGUGCCACUGACAUGUUGGGUCGGGUUUAUAAACCAGUCCACCUUAAAUCAGGGGUUCUGUGAAGUUUAGGCUCAGCAUGUCAGAAAAUCAGAUUAACCGCUUAACGUUGGUCCUGUUUUAUUUAUUGCUGUUAUUUUUAUUUCACGUUGUGAUCAUUGGCACCGUUAGCUCUCCAGUUCCGCGCGUGUACAGCUCGAGCUUUUACAGACACGUGGUUGAUUUUAAAACCUGUCCUGAUUUUUAACUCAAUGUUGUAAAUAACAACAAAAACCCAAAACCCUUCUUCUGACUGGACUUUAAGAAGAAUAUCUGUUGUCAUUUCUGUGAUUAAAAUUAACAAAUAUAAAACACUCCAUGGCUUAGAGAA